AUGGAGGACGGGACAAUCCACGAUGAUCGCUUCACGGCGUCCAGUGGUUACAGCUUUUACCCUGCGAGUAAGGCACGCCUAAACAAUAACGGAGUAUGGGUAGCCAAUAGUUUCAAUAAUUGUGUUCAAUUUUCAAAUCCAUUCCACAACCGGAUUUGCGGAGUAUUGUUAUUUCAUUGUUCCUCAUCCUCUCUUCCCUCUGUGUACAGGCACGAUGCCAAUCCCUGGAUCGAGGUGGACCUCGUUGAGCCUACAGUGGUGAGCGGGGUCAUCACACAAGGCCACCAUAAUCAAAAUUGGCAUGUGAAGAAGUACAAGGUGGCGUACAAGAAGCAGCCCUCAUCUGACUAUGAACACGUAACAGAUGGAAACGGAAAUAUCAAGGUGUUCAUCGGUAACACUGAUUACAACACCCCAGUCACUAACCUGUUUGCUGAGAGUGUGGUCGCCACGGUAGUCCGCAUUGAGCCUAUUGAAUGGAACAUGUUUGUAGCUCUGCGAUUGGAGCUGCUUGGAUGUCGCCGUGAUUAAUUCAGCUGAAGCAUUCAGGUUAUUGUGUUCGACAGCGCUGACAUUUCAUUCAAUGCAAAAUAAAUUCGACAACUAUAUUGAAUAUUGAUUAUUAGAAAAAUUAGUAUAUUUGGUAAGAGGAAUAUUUUUCAGAAAGCAAAAACAAACUGAGGAUUUGGAAUAAUCACUAUAAGGGCCCUUGCGUGAAUUUGUAUCUUGAGAAAAGUGAAAGCGCGGUACGUGUGAAAACUUGGCCUUGUGUAUCUCUUGAAAAGUUAUAGCGGUUUUCUUUUUCCUUUUUUUCAUAGUAUUUUCGCUUUAAGUAGAAACGUCUAAACUAUAAUUGUAGUACUUUGUUGUACAGUAAAAACAAAAUAUAUAUUAAGCUGUGCUGCCA